CUGAAGAAGUCGAUUAAUAAGACAGAAAAUAGCAGAAACAAACAAACAAAUCCUUCGUUUCCGGCCUCCGCUCGCUCAGUUGAAGCUUUUUGGUUUCGAUACAGUUCAUCGUCUCUGCAGAAUCAGUUCAAGAAUCCCCUUGGAAGUGAGAUUUCAAUUUUUGAAUCUCGGCGGGAUUCUGAAAUUCGUCUUAAAAUCUAGUCGUCGGAUCAAAACUCUCCGGCCGGCAGGUCUAGCAGCUCCGGACCGGAAUGUCACGCAUCUGCAAUGAACUUUUUACGGAGAAGAUGGCGUUUUUCAUCUUUCUUGUUCUCUCAUUGGUGUUUUGCUUUGCGAAAUCAGUGAGCUCCGUGUCUACUGAUGCAAUGUCGCUACUUAGCUUCAAGAGUUGUGUUUCUUUCGAUCCGUCGAACCUCCUUUCCAACUGGAAUCUAUUGAGAAACCAUUGUUAUUGGUAUGGUGUCACGUGCAAUCCAUUUUCUGGCAGAGUCAUUGCUCUGAACAUUACAGGGAGUAUGACCACCCUGUCGUGGGAUUCGGGCUACAACUCAAUCGGAAGGGACAAUCUUCUCGCGGGAACCCUGGCGCCUUCAAUCGGAAACCUAACAGAACUUCGGGUUUUCUCAAUCCCUUAUAAUGCAUUCCAUGGUGAGAUUCCGGCGGAGGUGGGAGGGCUUAAGGUUCUUGAAGUCCUCGAACUUCAGGGAAAUAACUUCUCCGGGCGGAUUCCUGACCAGAUAAGAGAACUUCUGUCACUUCGCCUGCUUAAUCUAUCUUAUAAUUUGUUUUCCGGCCCGAUUCCGGACAAUAUGAUCGGUUUUACUGGAAUCGGAGCUAUUGAUUUAUCGUAUAAUCAGCUUUCUGGAGGAAUUAAAAUCGAGCCUUUCAGUAGAUGUCAGUCUCUUACUCAUUUGAAGUUGUCUGGUAAUUUUUUGGUCGACAAGAUUCCUCCCGAAAUUGGAAACUGCUCCAAUCUCAAGUCUCUUUUGCUUGAUGGGAACAUCCUUGAAGGUCGGAUUCCGUCCGAGAUUGGUAGGAUUUCUGAACUUAAGAUUCUAGAUGUUUCUAGAAACAGUCUCACUGGUACGAUCCCGAAAGAGCUUGCAACCUGCCGGAAACUGUCCGUUCUUGUCCUUACCAAUUUGGUUGAUGUUAUAUCUGUUGGCGAUAGCUUGGUUGAAAUUACCAGGGGAGAAUUCAAUGCUUUUGUGGGAGGAAUUCCUUCUGGUAUAUUCUUGCUUCCAAACCUUGAGAUUGUUUGGGCACCUCGAGCGAACCUCCAUGGCCGAUUGCCGAAUGCUUGGAGCCAUUCGUGCAAACUGCGGAUACUCAAUCUGGCCCAGAAUUAUAUGACUGGUGUCAUACCGAAGACGCUGAGAAUGUGUAGGUUUCUCUCUUACUUAGACUUGAGUUCAAAUCGUUUGCAGGGAUACCUCUACCCACAGCUGCAUGUUCCAUGCAUGAUAUAUUUUAACGUGAGCCGGAAUUCUUUAUCUGGCUUUCUACCGAACUUUGUGAAUAGUAACUGUGGCAGUUUCCCAGAGGUGGAACAGAAAAAUACCGAGAACACUUACUUUGCUGUCCCUCAUUGGUGGUCUGCGGUGAAUAAUCAUUUUGGCUGGAUGCGGGAUGAAAAAUCUGUAGUUUUGCAUGAUUUUAGUUCGAACAGAUUCUUUGGUUCAUUACCAUUGUUUUCACUCGGAGACAAAUUAUUAGCAAGCAGCCAGAAAACGUCAUACGGAUUAUUCCUAAACAAUAACCAGUUCAAUGGGUCUCUUCCUGAUGAACUCUUUUCAACCUGUAAAGACAUACAGAGUUUUGCUGUGAAUUUGAGUAUCAACCAGAUAGCAGGUGUAAUUUCUCAGGGCUUGCUUCUUGGUUGCUUGGAGUUAACACGAUUUGAUGCAUCCCAUAAUCAGAUCAAUGGGUCAAUUCCUCCUAGUAUUGGGGAAUCACAGAUGCUUCAAUACCUUGACUUGAGAGGAAACAAGUUGACUGGAUCUGUCCCUGAUGAGUUUGGAAAAUUGAGGGAUCUGAAAUGGAUUCUUCUAGGUAGGAACAAUUUAACAGGGGAAAUUCCUGCUCUGCUUGGUCAAUUGGUUUCUCUCAUGUUUUUGGAUCUAUCUGAAAAUGCUCUUACUGGACCUAUCCCCGCAAGUUUGGCAAAUGCCACGAAACUUGAAGUCGUGUUGCUUAAUCAAAACAAGCUUUCAGGGGAGAUACCAUCAUCUUUUUCAACUCUUGCUAGUCUUACUAAACUAGAUGUUUCUUUCAACAAUCUUUCUGGUCAUAUCCCCCAUCUUCAGCACUCCCUUGACUGUGAUUGCUUCAAAGGGAAUUACUUCUUACAACCAUGCCCAUACCCAACACACCCAUCUGGGCUUCCACUCCCAGACCCAGUGAAUGAACAGGGUGGUCAAAAGAACAAACUGAAGUUAUUGGUGAUUGUGAUAGUGGCUUCUGCUUCCAUCAUGGUCUUUAUUCUCUUAGUGAUGGUUGUAUUCCUGGUUUUAGGAAGGAAAAGGCUUGGUGGGUUCUCCAAUCUAAGAAGGAAAAUGAUUGUAACAUUUACAGAUACUCCAAUUGAGUUGACUUAUGAUAAUGUGGUUGAAGCAACAGGGAAUUUUAGCAUCAGGUACCUGAUUGGAACAGGAGGUUUUGGUGCAACUUACAAGGCAGAGCUAGUCCCAGGUUUCCUGGUAGCUGUGAAGAGGCUUUCUGUUGGCAGGUUCCAAGGACUCCAACAGUUUGAUGCAGAGAUAAGAACAUUAGGAAGGAUUCGGCAUAAAAAUCUUGUAACUCUUAUUGGAUACUACAUGGGAGAAGCUGAGAUGUUCCUAAUUUACAAUUAUCUCUCUGGUGGAAAUCUUGAAGCCUUCAUACAUGACAGAUCAGGAAAAAAUGUGUGGUGGCCAGUGAUCCACAAGAUAGCUCUUGAUAUAGCAGAGGCGCUGUCAUACCUUCAUUAUUCUUGUUCUCCUCGGAUAGUUCAUCGGGAUAUCAAGCCUAGCAAUAUCUUGCUUGAUGAGGCUUUUAAUGCCUACCUGUCUGAUUUUGGACUGGCAAAGCUUCUAGCAGUCUCAGAGACCCAUGCCACUACAGAUGUUGCCGGUACAUUCGGUUAUGUGGCCCCAGAGUAUGCAACCACAUGCAGGGUGUCUGAUAAGUCAGAUGUUUACAGCUUUGGUGUAGUUCUUUUAGAAUUAAUGUCAGGGAAGAAAUCUCUGGAUCCAUCAUUCUGUGAAUAUGGGAAUGGCUUUAAUAUUGUUGCCUGGAGCAAGUUGCUGAUCAAAGAGUGCCGUGCUUCUGAGCUUUUCUCCCCAGAGCUGUGGGACGCAGGGCCCAAGGAGAACCUGUUGGGCAUGUUAAAGCUGGCAUCAGACUGCACAGUGGAGUCACUUUCUGUGCGACCAUCAAUGAAGUAUGUUGUUGAGAAACUGAAGCAGUUACAGACUAUCUGACAGCUGAUCCUACUGUCUCAGUUCUAGAUUGUUGAGAUAGAAAUCAGGUUAUGGUGCUCAUGCCCUUGAGGUCAUAAAUAAGGAAUUAACCGGACGGAGCUCAACUAACUUGACAAUAACAAUAUUCUCUCUGCAUUACUGAGAGCCAAUCAGCAAGUCAUUGGGGUAUUGCAGGACAUGAAAUCUGAUCUGAAGUACUGGUAAUUGAUCCAACAAUGUCUUGGGUACUAUUCAGCCAAUAGGUCUUACCUCUCUUGCUCAGGCCUCUUCCUUGCCACUGAGAAAUCAGAUCCUGAAGAUGCUUAGGAGCCGCCCAACUGAAGCCAACUAAAUGUAGAAAGAAGUUCCAGAUGCUGCUGGCUACCUGGCAAUGUAUGAAGAGAUGGUCUGUUGUCUCUCCUUCACGUAAGCAAAGGGUGUGGGCGUGAGGGGAGAUAUAAAGCCUUCCAAGAUUUUUCUUCUUCAGUAACUCACAAGUGUUCACUCGCUGCAGGCAAGCCUCCCAAACAAAGAAUCUGAUCGCAUAACUUCAUACUGUAAAGUAGAGCCAUUAUAGGAAUGCCAAAAGAAAAAGAAUGAACUUGUCAGUUAUUGAAUUAUGACAAUGACAAUGAUAUUAUACAGGAGGUAGUCCUUUUUAUUCCA